AUGCCAGCUGAGGAGCCAUACUUUGCGCCACAAGGUGGCUUCGGCCUUCUGCUGGGGGCGAUGGUGGUGGGAGUUGUUUCUGCAGCCUUCCUGCUGUUUCUCGGGCUCCUUGGCAUUGUGAGCAACAUUCCCUUCCUAGCUGCGCUUGCCCCAGCUCCAGGCGUAGCGGGCAAGCUGGCCGAGCUUGCGGUUCCACCUUACCUGGGAGCCGCCGCUACUGGGAUCGCUUUGUCAAGCGCUUUGUUUCUCAGCCGCCGGGAGGAGCUUGCCGACCGGUGGAAGCAGUGGGGCCUGUUGGCUCUUUUGAUCUUCUUGCUUCUUUGCGUUACGGGCAUCAAUGUUGUGGUGAGCUUUGUGUUUCGCUCUCUGGACAAUGUGCUGGUUGCCAAAAAUGAGUCUGGAUUCUACACACAGCUGCAGCUCUUUGUGGUGGUGCUAGUUGUUGCCGUUCCUACCAUUGCUUUCUAUCGCUUCGUUCGCCUGAGCCUGGCCAAUGCGUGGCGACAGAACUUGAGCAUCAUGAUCCUAGACGAAUAUUUUGCGCACCGCGCAUAUUAUCUCCUGGACUCCAACUCCACAAGCACCAAGAUCGACAACCCGGAUCAGCGCGUCUCAGAAGACAUCGAUGCCUUCACCAGCGAGACAUUGGGCUUUCUUCUGGAUAUCCUUGGAUCUUUCUCGAACCUGCUUUCAUUCGCAGCCAUUCUGUGGACGACGUCGGCAGAUUUGACUUAUGCUCUGGUUGUAUACGCAGUGCUUGGAACAGUGAUCGCACUGUCAGUUGGCAGCAGGCUCAUCGGGAUCAACUACAAGCAGCUGCAGUUGCAAGCGGACUUCCGCUACUCCCUGGUGCAUGUGCGCGACAACGCCGAAGCCAUUGCUUUCUAUCAAGGCGAGGACAAAGAAAGCGAUGUUGUCAAGGACAAGUUGCGGGCUGCCAUCCAAAACUACGACCAGGUCAUCCAGUGGACUACGGGUCUGACUUUUUACCAGAAGGUCUUCUUCUAUGUAGCGCGCCUGGUCCCCUACUUCGUGGUGGGCGGCCUCUACUUCGCUGGCAAGGUGGACUUCGGUACCUUCGGACAGGUGUCCUUUGCCUUCUCCAUGGUCCUCAGUUCGGUUACUAUCAUCGUGAACCGAAUUCAGGACAUCAGCCGUUUCUCUGCUGGCGUCAACCGCUUGGGCAUGUUCUACGAAGCCAUUGCCUUGUCCCGCAAAGAGUUCUUUGAGGAGUCCUCGGCAGAUGCAAGGAUUGCAACGCACACUCCUGACAGCAACAGCGACGAGCAGCUGUCUUUGGAGAAUGUGACCAUUUGGACGCCAACUGGCAGAACACUGGUGGAGGACGUUAGCAUCAGCCUAAGCCUGCCCACCGCUUCUGGAUCUAUGGAGCUGCCAAGCCGUCUGUUGGUCGUGGGCAGCAGCGGUGUCGGUAAGAGCAGCAUCCUCCGUGCCAUUGCUGGGCUUUGGACACAAGGUCGCGGGAGCAUCCGUCGACCUCAGAUGUCAGAGAUGUUCUUCCUCCCUCAAAAGCCGUACAUGCCCCUGGGAGACCUGCGCUCCCAGCUGCUGUAUCCUUCUGAGCCUGGCAAGACAGAUGUGGAUGAUGAGGACUUGCGGCAGGUUCUUAGCAGCUCUGGCGAGGACUUUGGCAAAUUUGGUCUCGGAGACCUGCCGAACAGAUUUGAGCAGGGCUUCGAGACAGUGUUGGACUGGACUCGUGUUCUGUCACUCGGGGAACAACAGCGCUUGGCAGCAGCGCGCUGUCUGAUUGCCCAACCAAGGAUGGUCGUCCUUGACGAAGCAACCUCUGCCCUCCCUGUUGCAGAUGAGCGCAACCUGUACAAGUCUCUUCAAGACCGUGACAUAGGCUACGUGUCUGUCGGCCACCGGCCGAGCUUGGUCGAGUACCAUGACCUCCUCUUGGAGUUGCGUGGCGAAGGCCAAUGGCGGAUCCUGAGCCCCAAGGAGUAUGAGGACUGA